CUUGUUUUUGCUUCAGUUUAUUUUCCUCCGGGCACUGGAUGUCCGACCCAGAGAGCCGCUCCGACACCGAAUCUGAGCGUUCAUCGCCCGGCGAGAGCCGUCACCCCGGCCCCUGUCCCACACACACCUCUGCCGCUCCACUUUCCCUCUGAGCUGGAGCCGUCCUCCGCCGCAGACAUCGAGGGAAGCGGUGAAACGGAUCCCGGGCCUCCAGUCCAGUUCGGAGGGGGGGAAGGAGGUCGCUGGGAAGCGGGAUGGAGGGCGCGGACGGAGCGGGCGAGCCGGGCCGGCGCCGCCAGUUCGGCUGCGCCUCUUUCAACCAAGACUCCACGUCACUGGCCUUGGGAACAAGGAGUGGCUACCAGCUUUUCUCUCUGACCUCGGUGGAAAAACUGGACUGCAUCCAUGAGAGCGCGAACACUCCAGACGUCUACAUCAUGGAGCGUCUGUUCUCCAGCAGUCUGGUGGUGGUGGUGAGUGCUGCCAUGCCGCAGCGGAUGAACAUCUAUCACUUCAAGAAAGGGACGGAGAUUUGUAACUACAGCUACCCCAGCAGCAUCCUUUCCGUCAAGCUCAACAGACAGAGGCUGGUGGUGUUCCUCGAGGAGUCCAUUUAUGUCCACAACAUUAAAGACAUGAAACUUCUCAAGACUCUGCUCGACACUCCGUCCAACCCCUCAGGUCUCUGCGCUCUGUCCACCAAUCAGUCCAGCUCCUACCUGGCGUAUCCUGGCAGCGUCACGUCUGGGGACAUCGUUGUACAUGACACCAACAGUUUGAGCACAGUGGCCACCAUCCCGGCCCAUGACAGUCCGCUGGCAGCGCUCGCCUUCAACGCCUCAGCCACUAAACUCGCCAGCGCCUCAGUGAAGGGGACUGUGAUCCGGGUCUUCUCUGUUCCUGAAGGCGAGCGUCUAUUUGAGUUCCGCAGAGGCAUGAAGAGGUAUGUCAACAUAAGCUCCUUAUCCUUCAGUUCGGAUGCCCAGUUCCUCUGUGCCUCCAGCAACACAGAGACUGUUCACAUCUUUAAACUGGAACAACUGGGACCAAGUGCAGAGGACGAGGCGGCUACCUGGACAGCCUACAUGGGGAAGAUGUUCUCUGCAGCCAGCAGCUACCUCCCUGCUCCGGUUUCUGGCAUGAUGAGCCAGGACCGGGCUUUCGCUACCGUUCACCUCCUCUCAUCUGGUCAGAGGAACGUUUGCACCUUAGUCACGAUCCAGGGGCUCCUGCGGCUGCUGGUGGCCACCGCCGACGGCCAGCUCUUCAUCUAUAACGUGGAUCCACAGGAUGGAGGCGAGUGCCAGUUGGCUUACAAACACAGGCUCGUUGGUGUUGAUGAUGAAACGCACAGUGGAGAGAUGAAGUCAGAGGGGGGGCAGCUCACACAGGAAACACACUCCUCUCCAUCUUAUGCAGAAACUGCUGCCUUACCAGCUUCUGGUCAUGCUACUGCAACCCUCACUGGCUACUCUGAAGACGGCGGGGCGAAACAGGGGGACGUGAUUCCUGAGCACGAGUUUGCUGUGGGGCCGGUGUGUCUGGACGACGAGAACGAGUUCCCUCCUGUGAGCAACCAGAAGUGCUGACUAUCAGCCGUAGACUCUCACUGCAGCAGAUUAUCCGUUCUUGCCGCAGCGGGACUGGAGAUGGCCAGGGCUGAGUGUGGAGAGGAACUGAGAGAGACGGACAGGCGUCAGCCGGCGAGGUGAACGGAAGAAAUCCGUUCUCAGAGUUCCAGCAUGAAAAGAGGGAAACACCCGAAGGCCACGCAGCAAGGAAAACAAAUCGGAGAUGUCAUUUCAUCUGAGAAUGAAAGUGUUUACUCUGGAAUACCAGUUGAAAACAAAAGGCUUGGAUAGAGUUUGGAAUGCUGAAUGACCAACACGUCUGACUUUGCUGGAAACAUGAGAUGCAUGUUUGGUAGGAAAUAUAACCACAACUUUGAUUUUAUCCUUACUUGUCAAAUAUACAGAUGACAUGCAUUAGUGUAGCAGAAUUAGUUUUGCCUUAUCAUUUCAGUUUACAUAUCACGUUUGUAUUGUAAAUAGUGUUCCGUCUCAUCGAAUGCAUUCAGUGUUUCUGUGUAUGCCUGCUGGAGGACCUUCAGACGGCGGAUAAGUACUGUAUGUUUCGUUGUGCCUCAUAUUUGUUUUGUAAAAGUAAAAUGUAUUUUACUAAUUGCACAAGACCAAAAAAAAAAGAAAAAGAAGAAACUAAAUAAUAAACUAAUAGACGACUGAAACUAUGCAAAGCAAA